AUGGUAGAAAUUCAGAGAAUUAAAUUCUGGCCACAAAUCAGUUGGCAAACUGGCAGACCAUGUGGUUCGCAGAAGGGGGCUUCACCAGUUCUCUCACACCUUUACUCAGGAGCAUCUGAGCUGAUGCACUCUACAUCUGUGACAGCUUCUGGAGAAGUUUCAAAGGAAGCCCGAGUAAAAGUGAAUAUAGUUGAAGAGACUGAAGUCGCUGUGGAAUUAGUUCCAGUGGCUCCCAAGGGCUGCUCAUUGUUUGCUGGAGAUGGGUCUUGGCUGGCAUGGGAGGCAAUGGCUUGCACUCCACUCUCACGCUGUGUGAUUGAUGUUUCCUAUGGACCUUCUAAGUUGUCUUUGGCUGAAAAAGUUUCACUAUCUUUCCCUCCACUGUCAAGCUUUGAUUUUCAGGCCUACACAAUUCAUAGGGAAAGCAGACAAGUGGAGCAGAAGAAGAAGCGAACCUUCCGGAAGUUCACGUACCGCGGCGUGGACCUGGAUCAGCUCCUAGACUUGUCUUAUGAACAGCUCGUGCAGUUGUACAGCGCUCGGCAGCGGCGGAGACUCAGCCGGGGUCUGCCGCGCAAGCAGCAUUCCCUCUUUAAGCGCCUGAGGAAGGCCAAGAAGGAGGCACCCCCCAUGGAAAAGCCCGAGGUUGUGAAGACACCUUCGAGACAUGAUCAUCCGCCAGAGAUGGUGGGCAGUAUGGGGGGCGUCUACAAUGGCAAGACCUUCAAUCAGGUUGAAAUUAAGCCCGAGACGAUCGGCCACUACCUGGGCGAAUUCUCUAUCACCUACAAGCCUGUGAAACACGGGUCAGGUAUUGGAGCCACCCACUCCUCUUGUUUCAUCCCUCUCCAGUAA